AAAUAACAAUGUCCAAAGAUCAACAACCAACAGAAGCCUUGAAUGCUGUAUUUGUCGAAUCAAUUGACAUGCCAGACGAUGCUGUCUUGAUUAAAGGCCCAGAUUUUAACAAGAAAUUAUCACUUUCUGAACUGCUGGGCGCAUAUAAACAGAUUGGAUAUCAAGGUAGCAGCUUAGGUGAAGCAAUCGACAUUAUAAAAGAAAUGAGAAAAUGGCGACUAAGUGAUGAGCCUGUGGCAGUUGAUGAAGUACAAGAAUACCUUGAUCCUGAAGUACGUAAGAAGACAAAGUGCAAAAUUUUUCUGGGUUAUACUUCCAACCUUGUUUCUUCUGGUUUACGAGAGAUCAUUCGAUUCCUUGUUCAGCAUAAGAUGGUCGAUGUUAUUGUUGCAACAGCAGGUGGUGUCGAAGAAGACUUUAUCAAAUGUUUAGCACCUACAUACUUGGGUGAUUUUGCAUUAAAAGGCAGUGAUCUUCGUAAGAAAGGCUUGAAUCGUAUUGGUAAUCUAUUAGUACCUAAUAACAACUACUGCAAGUUUGAAGAUUGGAUCAUUCCAAUCUUUGACGUCAUGUUGGAAGAGCAAAAAAAGGACAACAAGAUAUGGACCCCUUCUACUAUGAUUGCAAGAUUGGGCAAAGAAAUCAAUGACGAAUCCAGUAUCUAUUAUUGGACCUAUAAAAACAAUAUACCUGUCUACUGUCCUGCAAUCACAGAUGGUUCCUUAGGAGAUAUGCUCUACUUUCACUCUUACAAAAACCCUGGAUUGAUUGUUGAUAUCGCAGCCGACAUUCGUGCAAUGAACAAUGAAGCCGUGUUUGCAAAGAAAACUGGCAUGAUUAUUCUUGGUGGCGGUGUUGUCAAACAUCAUAUUUGUAAUGCAAACUUGAUGAGAAAUGGUGCAGACUAUGCCGUUUAUAUAAACACAGGUCAAGAGUUUGACGGCAGUGAUGCAGGCGCUCGCCCAGAUGAGGCUGUCUCAUGGGGUAAAAUUCGUGCUGAUAAUCGAUCUGUUAAAGUGUAUGCAGAUGCCACACUUGUAUUUCCACUUAUUGUAGCAGAGACAUUUGCAAGAGAGUAUCACGAAAAAUAGAAAUUGUAAAGUUUUGUUAUAUGUAAAUAAAUGUUUGCCAUUAGACUAUCGCAUAUGAAUGGUUGUUUUAUAGUAGUUGUCUACGAGCUUAUUAUUCAAUAAUGUAUUAUAUGGACGAGUAAAGAAG